AUGGAAGUCUUGGCGCGAUUACCACUUAAGAGCAUUGCAAGAUUCAGAUCAACGAGCAAAGGAUGGAAACUUCUGAUCGAUUCAGAUUUCUUCAGAGAUUACUUCAUCUUUCGCAACUCAUCUUCUUCAGUCACGUGGUCAAUCAUUCAGAUGCGACCUCACAAACUGACACUUGAAAUCAUUGGUCAUCAUGGAUGCAAAACAUGGGGACUUACUCGUUCUCCGGGAUCUUUAAUGAGUUGCCUCGUCGAGAGAGCAAUCAAGAAUCUACAAGUCUUGACUUGCACCGAUGGAUUGGUGUUGCUUUACGCAAAAGCUACCGAUGGAACUCCUAUGUAUUACGUUGGAAACCCUCUGUUUCAAGAAUGGUUUCGAAUCCCUCUCCCUCCUUUCCUCUCUUUGCAAGAUCUUAAGAUAUUAAGGAACCGCGGGCUUUCCGGUGACAGUGGAUUGGUUACGAAGAUGCAGAGUGGUAUUGUUGUGAGUUACAAGGUAGUGUUCGUGAUGAGUCAUGGUGGUACUAAAGUCGGUUUUGCGAUUUACUCAUCUGAUACAGGGACGUGGGAAACUCGACACGUGACUUGUCUUGAUUUUAUACUCUUGUUUGGUUCGCACAAGUCAAUUGCUUUGAAUGGGAUUCUUCACUGGAUUUUUCACAGGGAUGGCAGUGGCACCCGUUCUAUUUUAGCCUACGAUUUCUAUGGAGAUCAUGAUGAUAUAUUGUGUAGUAUCGUAGAUUUCCCAGAUACUGGAGAAGUUGAGGGGUUAUCGCGUUUUACGAGAACCAUCACGACCUCGGAAGGGUCUAUUGUGUAUUUCAACGAGUUCGGUGAGAAUGGAAACCGCACAUUACAGGUUUGGAGGCUGGUCACGUACACCGAUGUUGAUCCUGAGGCGUGGCAGCUCUUUUGGGAAGUCAGCUUGGAGCCUUUGAUCGAGUUCUUUGGUGGUGAUGCAUCCUUUGAACUCUGA